AUGACGAAAAGUGUGAGUACAAAUUUCGGGGAACCACUGAGUAUUGAAUCCAAAAAAUUGGUAGAUGAAGUACGUUUAAAAAUUAACCAAGCAAUACAUCCUAAUUUUGACAAUGACUUUAACAUUUAUCGUUUCGUGUUAGCUUGUGAAAGAGUUCAGAAGAAAAAGAAAGAUGUUGUGAUUACUGCUGCUAAAACUCUCAACAAUCAUUUACGUAUUCGAAAAGCAUUUAACUUGGAUAAUUCACCAGAUCUUCCAUUCCCCGAAAAUCCCAUGUACUCUCUGAAAUUGUUUCCAAUGGGAAAUAUUCUGAAUUUAACAGAUAAUCACAAUAGAUUGUUAUGGUAUGUGGAAUACAAAACAGUCAAUGUUGAGGCUAUGGCUCAUAUCUUGCGCAGUUCAGAAUCUAUACGCUUACAAUUUCGCCAAUUCGAACAUAUGCUCAAAAGAGUUAAUCAGCAAGAAGAGAAAACUGGCCGAUUAAGUGGUCUAAGACAUAUCAUUGAUCUGAAUGACUAUGAAAUUAAUCCAUUCACUAUGAUCUUCGCUACGAAUGGCAAUUUAGCUUAUUUUUCUCAGCUGUUUCAUUUUGACAAUUAUCCUGAACUAGUAAGUCCGGUGGAAAUGGUAAAUAUUUCGAAAUGGAUUCAUGUACCUUACAAAAUAGCACGGACAAUGAUGCCUGAUAGCUUCACAGAACGCUUUCGAUUACAUAAUGAAAAUUUCUUGCCUGAUUUGCUCAAAGAGAUUAAAAUUGAAGAUAUCCCCGUAACUUUAGGAGGCAAAAAUGAGGAAAUUCAAUGCCAACCAGCAGCAUAUGAACAAUAUGUCACGUCGAGAAGUCUCGAGUUACCAGACAAUUUGGAAACGAUCAUAAUUUCACCAGGAAAACAAAGUCAAAUUUAUGUGGACGUAAAAGAGAAAGGAGAUAGACUACAGUGGUAUUUUACUACAGAUAGUGAUAUCAAUUUCGGAGUUUUUUACGAGCCUCCACAUCAAAUUCUAUCACCAAACAGUGCGAUAAACGAUAUAAGACAAAACAUUGACACUGAUAAAUUUGAAAUGGUGUAUCCGUGGCUCAGACUUACGGCGAGGUUAGUACCUGAAGCGGAUUCAAUAGAAUGCAUAACACCAGGUCGUUACUGGAUAAUUAUUUGCAACAAAUCAUCCUGGAUGCGCCGGAAAACAGUGAAUCUAAUCAUUCAGCUGGUAUACAAGGAUAGUGGUUAUGCUAAACGGUGUCACAGCGAUGGAACAUUUGAGAGUUGCUCAAAACCGUUCGUCAUUGAUUGUUUGUUAUAA